AUGCCGCGCUGCUUCCGCAGUACACCGAGGGCGGAGGGAGACCGUUCAGGGGUCGAUCUCACGAGCGCACUCUCUUCCCUCUGUGUACACACGAACUAGCGCUAUCCAC